AUGUCUAAUUAACUUUAGAUUGAUUCAAAAGUAAAGUAAUUGCCUCAAGAUGUUCAAGACUCCACAUAUUAAAGUGCAAUAGCGUUGUCGUAGUAUCUCAAAAUUUGGGAUGUCGAUCAUCAAUAGAUUGAUUACUUCUAUCCAUUUUAGCUUCCUCCGUCCUCGUUUAUCGGGAACUGCCAAAUAUUUCCUCAUAGACCUGACUUAUUAUAGAACGAAUACCAUUAAGUGUAGGAUCUGAGCAAUACAUAAAUUUCCUAAAUUUUCCAGUCUGGUACAUUUGAAAUACAAUCGAUGCAAUUUCAAAUCCCGUAUGUUUGGCAAAUAUCCUCAUUCAUAGUCAAAGGACGAUAAAAUAUUACGAAAAGUUAUUUUUCAGACAUUGGGAUGGCAUAUCACAUUUACAAAUUUGAGAAAAACUCAAUCUACAAUGAGAGAGAUAGCAAGGGUAGGGAAUGUACUAUUCGUUGUUCUAUUUACAAUAUCUUCUCUAAAUUAACAUUAUAUCUAAGUUUACUAAUUGGAUUUCGAGAAACCUAUAUAGAUAUUGAUAUUCCUUAAUUAAAAAACUAAAUUGAAGCUAAAAGAUAGAUUGAAUUGAAAUAAUCGGAUUAUUACAAAAGAUAAAUAUAUGAAUAUUUGUAUUUUGAGAACAAUGAACAAUCCAAAGCUGCGGCAGACAAUUAGUUGACCAAAUUAAUGCUCAUUUAAACUGAAUUCAGAGACCAUCAACAAGGUUUGAAAUUAUCAAUUCAAAAUUAAUUCGACUAUUUAGUUGAGUAAUUUGGGCAUAAUCAAAAAUUCGAUGACCAUGAGGAGUAGAAGGAAUACUUAGAAAAUAUUAACGAAUAAAUUAAGCUAUUAGAAAGGGAUUAUCUAAAAGAAUACGAAAUUUAAGUAGAUAUAUAAUAGGAUGUUAACGAAUAAAUAAAUAAUGCAACCAGUCUUGCUCAACUCAAGUUUUGGCAAAGUAAGUUGGGAAAUGAAUUGCCUUUAGUUAGUAACAUUAAUGAGUUGAAUGAAUGUGGUCGAGCCUUAAGGUAUUACCAACAAUUAUUAGACGUAAGCUCAUUUAUUUAUGGUUAGAAUGAAUUACAACAAUAGAUGGAUGAAUUUGAAAAGAAAUUAAUACAAGACCAUCCUAUACGUAUAAAGUCUUAUCAUUUUCUUGCUGAGUAAAGGGCUCAAUAUAGAAAGUAGAUGAAGACAUAACUUAAAGAGAAAUAUAGAAUCCUAUUGAUUGAGGAUUUAAAAAAAUAAAACAUUAAAGAAGUAGAAUUAUAUUUGAACUACCUCCAAUAGAAGGCUCAACUAAAAUAGGAAUUGCAAUUAUCAAUUGAAAAGAUUGAAAAGGAAUCCAAAAGAAUUAAUAUUAGUAUCGACGUAACUCGUAGAUGUUUCCCUCCUUAUAAUAUUAUUAAAACUGGAGAUUACUAUAGCUUAGAACGAACGAGGACUUACUUUGUUGAUUCAAGUUUUCCCUUGUGGAAGUUCUAUCUGAUGAUAGUGAGAUACUUUGCUUGGACAGCCAAUGUUACCUUUUGGUUAUUCGCAAAUGGCAUCUCUGGACCUUUGGGAAUUAGAGCGUUAGUUUAAUGCAAUGUUUUCUAUCCAGAUGUGUAAAUAAAUGAGAGAACUGGGGUAGUGAGCAGAUCAAAUUAUUCGGUCACUCCAGUAGUGGUUCAUAUGGGUAAUGUGUGUAAAGGCAUGAGUCGAUCAAGAAGAGAAUUUGAAGGCUCACCUGAUACAGGUUUCUUUGGUAAGAACUGUGCUCGUAUUUGUAAUUACGUUGAAGUUUACUUUUUCCGUUUUUUAAUAGUUGGAAUUGUUGGAGUUUUAAUAGUUAUCCCUGCAUUGAUCAUUGCUAAUUUCGUCAUCUCAUUAGUUUUAGCCUUAACAGCUUGGGCUUGGAUACCAUUUGUAUUAAUAAUAAGUUAUCUAUUUUAACUAUUGAUUUUUGAUUUUGAUUGUUCAGAGAGAUAAGAUUGGAAUCUUUUAUCAACACCAAUUUGGUUCCCUUUAUUUUUGAAUACUUUUGAUUUUAUUGUUAAAGGAGUCCUAAAUUUGAUAUGGAAUUUACUUAUUUGUUUUAUCAUUCUACCUAUAAGCAGCAUAUUUAUGGUUUUAUUUGGACACUUAAGAUAUAUAUUUAGAUCUCUAUAUGACUGCUUAAUGAUAAUUUUUGUUAAAUGUUUGGGUAGAGUUCCUGCUACAGAAAAUUGGUUGGCUUGGAAAGUGUCUGGUCCUGGAAUAUCUAGAUAAUAUUACUUUACAGUAAAGAUUAAUGAAUUAUGUUAGAUAAAAAAUGAAGAAGCGUUGAUAUUGGUUGCAGGUGAAUUAGAAAAGUGCGUAUUGAAAGAAUAUCAGAGGAGAGUUGAAGAAGAAAUUAAUGGUCCUUAAAAAUAAGUAUAAUCUGUUAUGAAUAACUUUUUCUCUGUUUUUGGGGUAUUUUAAAUUCUAUUUGAAAUUUAGGCUUCUUAUAGUUUUCAUGAUAGAGGAUGUGAUAAGCUGAUACAGAGUUUAAAUUAAUAGAUUAGUUCAAGAAUUUCAAUUUUACCACAGAUUUCUAAUAAUAUUAGAUUUAAUGAAUCUGAAUUAAUCGUUAUUAGGAUGCUUAUUAAACAACUAAUUAAGAAUUAGAUAAAAUUAAAGGACAUGAAAAAUUAUAUUUGGAAACACUAUUAAGUGUAGAAGGGAGAUUACAAUGAGUUGACAUCGGAAUUAUUGAAAAAAUGUUUUGGUCAUUAGGUUCUAUCACCUUUAGAAGAUAUAGAUUUAAGAUUUUCAUUAUAAACAGAUGAGAAUUACAGCAUAUCAAAAAAGAUAUCCAAGGCUUUGGAAGGACAAGUAAAUUUGAAUUAACCAACAAACUUUGUUGUAAAAUCAAAUAGUGUUUCUAAGAAAUCGGUCAUUGUAAAACAGUUUUUAGAGUUUUCUGGAACCAUCCAAGAAGUGUGGGGAUGUUAAUCUAUAUAUCAAAAUUGGUCAACAUUGUCAGACAAAUCUAAAAGAUUUUUCAUCAAUUAUUGUUUAAGAGUUAAUUAGGAAGCAUGA